ACUACGACACGUCACAGCACAGCACAGAGGAAGAACACAGUCGCCGGGUUCUAGAACACAGCUGGACUGUGACACGGCAACAGCGGAACGGAACCAUGCCGACAGACUUCAGUGGUACCUGGGAUCUGGAGACCAGUGACAACUUUGAGGAGUACCUUAAGGCACUGAACAUUGACUUUGCUACGCGUAAGAUUGCCUGCGCCCUCCACCAGAGGAAGGUCUUCAUCCAGGAUGGCGACACGUUGACCAUCAAGACCCUCAGCACGUUCCGGAACUACGAGCUCACCUUCACCGUCGGCGUGGAGAUGGAUGAGCACACCAAAGGCCUCGACAACAGGGUCGUCAAGGCCCUGGCGCAGUGGGAGGGGGAUCGGCUGGUGUGUACACAAACAGGGGAGAAGGCCAACCGAGGCUGGAAACACUGGAUAGACGACAACGGCAAACUGGUUUUGGAGCUGACCUGUGAAGACAAAGUGUGCAUUCAGGUCUUCAAGAGGGGCCAGUGACCUCCACUUCACUGCAGGCUGCGGGGAGCUGCUACCAGUAUACACAACUCAGCCAUUGGGCUGCCAGGGUUGCCAGAUGAGACGAUUGAUGAUUUCCAGCCCCAAAAAAUACCCCAAACCCGCCUAGAAACACCCAAACAAAGUCCCACCCAAUUUCAACUAAAUUCUAUUGAUUUCUAUGGCCAGAAAUUUGCUGAAAAACUCAUUCAAAUGCUUAACCCAUUUUUACCCACAGAUGGUCAUCCAAAGCAGCCCAAUUGCGCAGGAAACGGCCCAAUCUGGCAACACUGUGUGCUGCCCUACCUACAAAGGCAAACUACAGUAACUACAGUAACUAACAGUAACACUGAAACUGAGAAAAAGGAAUUCAGAGUAUUGGUAUUAGGUUUGGAUAUUGCAGCUACUGCAAACUUGACAUGGCAAUAUCUCUAAAACCAUAAGGGGUUUUUCCCACAAGAUAAAAGAGGUGUUAUUAAGACCAUUUUCAGUCUAAACUCUAUUUUUGCAAGAUAUGGAGUUACUGCACUUUGCCUUUGUAGGGCAGGGCAGCUAUCUGAUGACUACACUGACCUCUGAUGUACUGCAUAUCAUUUUGAAUUACAUUAUAAAAUUCUAAAUGACAUGUUACCACUAUGUUCUAUGAAAAAUAGCAUACUAUAAAUUACAUCGCCGUGAUCUUAUUACGCCAGAAGUAACACACAAGCAUGGUAACGAGGUCAUCAGGACCGUAUUAAGCUAAUGUGGUGCCCCCGGUCACUACUGUAUACCUCACUGAUGACCCCUUUAUACACAGUAUUUGUUGAGUUUGUGUCUUGUGGUGUCGCCCCCAUUAGAUUUUGCCCCCGUCUGUUUCCAGUCAAUGGCCUUUGUUUGAAUAAACAGUGUUAAAUA